UACAUGAUUUUGACAAAUGCUCGCAGUUUGCUUUCUUGCACUAAAGAACUUUGUACGAAGUUAUAUGUCAAUACAUAUACUCACACACCAGCAAAAAUGCAAAACUUUCUCGCGAUUUGUCUUAUACUAUCUUUAGGGAUAGUAACUUGCAACGGAGCUUGUAUAUGUGGUACAGCCCCAUUCUGCAGGCAUCCUGAACGCUGUGAACUAUUCUACCAAUGCACUGGACAAUCGCAGGAACUUUUCAAAUGUGCUACCGGCUCAUAUUUCAGUGAUUACUUUGUCUGUGCUAAUGCAGCUGAUGUCCCAUGUGUUCCAAAUUGCGGUGGAAAGAGUCGUGUGAAAGAUUUGUACAACUGCAGACAAUACUUCGAGUGUCUUAAUAACCGUCCAGUCGAACCAGUUAAACAGUGUCUCCUCGGCCAAAGCUUUAACGAAACUUUGCAGUUAUGUGCUAGUGAUCGUGGCUGCCCUCUAAUAAAUAACAACGCUUCAUGUACUGAAACUUUUAUGCCCAGUCUAAUACCAGGACGAUAUCUUCAGAAAGAUGGACGAAAAUGGAUAGAGGGUACUUGCCCAAGCACCUUAAGAUUUAAUAUGUCUUCAUGCACAUGUGUGCCAGGUUCCAACCAAACUCAAACAGUGCCGCCAUGUUUAAACGUAACUCUUCCUUUGACGUCGAGCCUAUCAUCAGUUGGCUAUAACUAUUAUGUAAAAGCCGAUUAUGCAUCCUUCGCUGGUAAUGCAGUAGUUUUCAACGGCUCUACAGUUUUAACAGUUCCUGCUUUAGCUAAUAAUGAAAUUGGUGACUAUUUUCGUUUGUCGAUUAGUUUUAAAAUUGGGGCAAACCAAAACCAAGAAAAAAAAGCCUUAGUAAGCAACAACGAAUGUUCAAAUAAUGGAACAUACAGCAUAUCUGUAGGUUAUUCGACUGUCUAUGCUUUAAUAGUAUUAAGUUACAAUUUUCAAGAGACUGCUUAUAACUUGUCAGGUAGUUUGGGCAAUUCAAACAUAUGGAACACGGUUACCUUGAAGAAGGAUGGAACUUCAAUUCAACUUAUCAUUAACAAUCAAGUGGUUGAUAACGAAUUUGGUCAAGGUAAAAUUCCAAAUCGAGGGUGUCCAAUGAUCAUUGGAAAAGAUAGAGGUAUGGCGAAUUUUGUUGGAUCUAUACGAGAUGUGAGUGCUCGUAAAUGCAUGUAAUUGUUAUUUUGAAUACCUGGAAGGCGAACCUACACCGAACACGACUUUAUCUCAAUAAACAUAUCUCUCACACCUAUUCUGUUGUAAUUCUAUAUAACAUAAUACUUAGCAAUAAUAUAUGAAUAAUAAAAUAAAUAACUAUAAUAAUAAUAGAUAAAUUUGAAGCAUGAAUAAAAAAUUUUAACAAUAAUUAA